AGUAAAUCCCCGGUCCUGCCUCCCCACUGUACCACGGCCCUGAGAGGAUUCCAUACUUCUCUCGCUUGUGUGUUUUUAGCCCUCGCGUUGCUCGCUCCCUCACCCCUCUGUACCGCCAUUGAAAGCCCUUCAGUUCGGCGGAAAGGAAUAAACAUGAUUUAAAGAGUCCAGCGCAGACUAGCGAGGAGGGACGGGGCUCCUCGGAGUGGGUGGAGGCUCUCGCACUGUGGCUUAUAUGGACCUCCGCCAUCCAGCCGAGUCAAUAUGCGGCUAGUGUCGGCGACGUGAGAGAAGCCCAAGUGGCUUCGGGUGGGAGUGGGACCUCCACGGCGAACGAAACGAGUGCACUGUUUCUUCCCAAGUGGACCCACUGAGCUGAGAACCCCACCGAAAGGCAGAGAGCCUCCUCGGCGCGGGCGCGACGAUGACCGAGCUGGUCGUCAAGUGGGCCUGUGAAUACUGCACCUAUGAAAACUGGCCGUCGGCCAUCAAGUGCACCAUGUGCCGUGCGCAGAGGCCCAGUGCAGGAGCCAUCAUCACCGAGGAGCCCUUUAAGAGCACGCCAGCGUUGGACCCCGCAGGCCUCAGCAACAGCCCAACCCAGGGGAGCUCUGCUUUGCUCAUUUGCCCCGACUCCAGCGCGCGGCCCCGUGUCCGCUCGGCGGACAUGCCCGAAAUGAGUAGCAAGUGGUCUUGUCACAUGUGCACCUACCUGAACUGGCCCCGCGCCAUCCGUUGCACUCAGUGCCUGUGUAACAGGCAACACUCUCAACAGCAUGCCAGUCAACAAGGACGGCAACAAGCGCGCAGCCCAACCGAGUCGCCCCAGACCUCAGGCUCCGGAUGCCGCCCCGUGCCCUCUUCCACGGUCACGGACCCCUGCGAGGAAUACAAUGAUCGCAAUAGGCUCAACACGCAUGCCCAACAGUGGACCUGCACCGCAUGCACUUAUGAGAACUUGUCAAAGGCACUCAAGUGCGUCGUGUGCGACCACCCGCGGCCCAAUCACAGCCCGCUGGCCGAACCCAUCCAACUGGCUUCUGAGCCCGAGUGCCAGCAGCCUCCGUCAAAGUUUAUCGACGCCGACAUUGGCAGCAGACGGAGCAUCGGGGGAGUUGCCGGCGGUCAAGGCGGAGUGUCGGGUUCGGUCGGAGGCUGCAGCACCAGCCAGAGGAGGUCACCGCCUUCCUCCAAACGUGAAUCAGAGGUGAACAUGGACUAUCAGAGGAUCGAAGUGGCAUCUGGGGCUGGGGUCAGGAGUAAAGAGGAGCUUGAGGUGGACUACAAAAAGCUGAAGCAGAUUAAGAAUAGAAUGAGGAGGACCGAUUGGCUGUUCCUCAACGCCUGUGUUGGCGUGGUGGAGGGUGAUCUUGCGGCCGUAGAGACCUACAAGACGUCAGGUGGGGACAUCGCGAGGCAGCUGUCGUCCGACGAGGUGCACUUGCUCAACCGUCCAUCGGCGUUCGAUGUGGGUUUCACACUAGUGCACCUCGCCAUCCGCUUCCAGAGGCAGGACAUGCUGGCCGUGCUGCUCACCGAGGUGACCCAACAGGCGGCUAAGUGCAUUCCGGCAAUGGUAUGUCCGGAGCUGACGGAGCAGAUUCGUCGCGAGGUGGCCGCUUCCCUCCACCAACGCAAGGGGGACUUCACCUGCUACUUCCUCACAGAUCUGGUCACUUUCACGUUGCCUGCAGAUAUUGAGGAUUUGCCACCAGCUGUUCAGGAAAAACUCUUUGACGAGGUUUUGGACCGAGAUGUGCAAAAAGAGCUGGAGGAGGAGUCUCCUAUUAUCAACUGGUCCCUGGAGCUGGGAACCAGGCUGGACAGCCGGCUGUACGCCCUGUGGAACCGCACAGCCGGGGACUGCCUGCUGGACUCAGUGCUGCAGGCUACGUGGGGCAUCUACGAUAAGGACUCAGUGCUGCGCAAGACGCUCCACGACAGCUUGCACGACUGCUCGCACUGGUUCUACACGCGCUGGAAGGAGUGGGAGUCGUGGUAUUCCCAAAGCUUCGGCCUGCACUUCUCACUGCGGGAGGAGCAGUGGCAGGAAGACUGGGCCUUCAUCCUUUCGCUGGCUAGUCAGCCGGGAUCCAGCUUGGAGCAGACCCACAUUUUCGUUCUGGCGCACAUACUUCGGAGGCCUAUCAUCGUCUACGGAGUCAAAUACUACAAAAGUUUCCGUGGAGAAACGCUGGGGUUCACUCGAUUUCAAGGCGUAUACUUGCCGCUGCUGUGGGAGCAGAACUUCUGCUGGAAGAGCCCCAUCGCGCUGGGCUACACGCGUGGCCACUUCUCAGCACUGGUGGCCAUGGAGAACGACGGCUUCGACAAUCGCGGCGCCGGUGCCAACCUCAACACCGACGACGACGUCACCGUCACCUUCCUGCCGCUUGUCGACAGCGACCGCAAGUUGCUGCACAUCCACUUCCUGUCCGCGCAGGAAAUGGGCAACGAAGAGCAGCAGGAGAAGCUGCUGCGCUCGUGGCUGGACUGCUGCGUGACGGACGGCGGCGUGUUGGUGGCGCUGCAGAAGAGCUCGCGCCGACGCAACCACCCGCUGGUAACGCAGAUGGUGGAAAAGUGGCUCGACGGCUACCGGCAGAUACGCGCCUGCGCCGCGCUCUCCGACGGGGAGGAGGAGGACGACGACGAUGACGAGUGACCGCAAACUUUGGACUUUGGGACAAACUGUGACACGCACGCAAAAAUUAAAAAGGUUUACAGAUUCACAACCAACUUUUUCAUUUGUUUCUCCCACACGAGCAGAAUUCUCACAUGGAUGAAAGGCCCUCAAGUUUAUUCUUUGCCGCCAUUGACAGCGGUAGCUGUCCAAUUCAUUUUGACUGGGAGCAGCCUCUCAGUCAAAAUGGAUUGGGCGGCAAUCACCGUCAAUGGCAGCCAGUGUGUUAAGAUAGAUAUGAAGAAGAAAGCUUUGAGGUAAUCCCAAAACAAUACCAGCAUUAAUGUGUUCAGUACAAAACAAAGCACAUUAUUUAGUAUCUGGAUUUUGCGAAUUGCGAAAAAUGGACAAAGCCAUUGUUGUGUUUAGGAAGUUCUAAUAAAGCACUGCACAUUUCUGAUGAUUGAAUGAGGUAAAAAGAAAAGGGAGACGUUCCCUUUAAGAAGUGGACUCACACUAUACAAGUUUGUUUCUAGUCGACAUAUUUAUUACGAUUGUAUUUGAAAGCUCAUAAUCUGUAUAUUUUUUGCUUUUUUUUUUUUCGUUUUGUUUGGGUCUUCGUGACGAACGUAACAUUACGAUGAUUUUUACUGGUGGUUAUAGUUUUGGCGCGUACCUCAAUUUGACGCCUACAACCUGGUGCUUGUUUUUCUCCCUCUCCACUCAGUUACAUCCUUUGUCAGCAACAACAUGCAAACCAAAGCAGACGGGAAUUAACUUGUUCGUGUUGUUAAUGUUUUCACGACUUUCUUUUUUGGAUUGGGAGCGUCCGCCUGUGUUGCUUGCUUGGUAUUGAUGCGAGAGUUGGUUUGUGGAUGUUCAUUUUCACACCUCAUAAAUACAUGCAAGAGUAUAACACAUACACAAAAAGUCAGCAAAAAAUACAACCAGAAAAAAAUAAAAACAUUUUUCAAUGUUUGAGUUGGUGAAUUAUUUUGUUGCCAUUUCUCUCUUAGGAUAGGCUGUUUUGCACUCGGGGGAAGUUGCAGGCUGCAGCUACUAUAGAAAAUUAUGUAUUAGUUGGUCAACGAAGUUGAUUUUUUUUUUUCAAAUGGAAGAACAUUUUUAUUACUAAUUGCAUUUACUACUAAAAUACUCAAGUACAGUACUUGCUUUAAAAUUUACAAGUAAAAGUAAAAGCUUUU